ACCCGCUCACACCGGCAUGCUCUGUUUACAAUCAUUUACAGUAUCAUUCCCCAAUCUGUCAAGAGUGUCAAACAAAAAUAUUUGCUGCAUACUUACAUAGUUGCAUACUGAGGGCUGCUGUAUAUGAAAUUGUUUAAACACCUAGGAGGCUUACAUUAGCUCUUUAGAAAUUUUCAUGCGCACCUGCCUUUACCAGAGCACGCAUUUGGAUGUUGUCGAUCUUGUAAAUACGCAGCUGUUGUGUUAACAUGUUGAGCAGAGAACCGCAGAGAACAGUCUAAAGAGAGCUAUUUUGAAUCAUAAGAACGAAAAUACUUAAUAAACAAUAUAUAUAAAUCAAAUAUAAUGUCUACAUAUCGCCUGAUUUCAUGGGGUGCAAAUUCCCACAGUCAAUUAGGACAAGGUUUAUUAUCUGAGCAAUUUAUUCUACCUCAAGAAGUAAAUUUAUCUGGAUGUUCCCUGAGGCCAGAAUCCAUAAGGAAAAUUGUUGGUGGUGCUGGACACACGCUGAUUUUGGAUACAAAUGGCCGUGUUUAUGCCUGUGGAUUGAACAACAAAGGGCAAGCUGGAAGCUCUAAUGUCGAUCAAGAAAAUGUUCUAAGAUUUCAAAGGAUAUGUGCUCUUGAACAUGAAACAGUGAUCAACGUCUGGUGUGGAUGGGAUAGUUCUAUGGCGUUAACGGAAAAUGGCGAGUUAUAUGUAUGGGGUUCUAAUCGUUAUGGACAGUUAGGUCUGGAUCCUUCAGAGUUCCCUUCAAUAUCACAUCCUCAUAGAGUCUCCAUUGGUGAGAGAAUAAGGAAUGUUUCAAUGGGUCUGCGACACACUGCUGUAGUAACGGAGGGUUGUGAGAUCUACGUUUGUGGAUCGAAUAACAGAGGACAAUUAGGUUUAAUUAAUCCAAAAACAAUGGAGCCUUACGUUCGCCUUGGUGCCUUCACCAAAAUUGUAGAAUGGACAAUGCAAGGACAUGUGGAGGAUGUUGCCUGUGGUCAGUAUCAUACUAUCGUCGUAACAAAAAGGCAAACGUACAAUAUGUACGUUUUUGGUGACAACAAGCACGGACAGUUGGGAUUCUUUCCUAAGACAUCUUCUGAAACACGAAUAUUUCAACCUAUAUGCAUUCCACUUUCCAGUAUACAACACGAUGCAUCGAUUCAAAUUCAUACAGGCUGGAGCCAUGUAAAUAUUUUGAGUAAUAGCACUAUUUUUUCAUGGGGAAGAAAUGAUUAUGGCCAAUUGGGCCGUUCUUUUUCGAAGCCACAAAAUGGAAUUUCUAUGGGAGAGAGACUUCAAUGUAUUGAACACAUUCCGAAGAUUGUUCAGCUUUCAGUUGGAUCGGAGCAUAAUAUUGCUUUAACAGAUGAUGGAGCAGUGUUAUGUUGGGGCUGGAACGAGCAUGGAAAUUGCGGUAAUGGAAAAACGGAGGACAUACUGCAGCCAGAAUUUCUUUCAGUUCCAUCCAAUUCCGUUGCCGUUCUCAUUGGUGCUGGUGCAGGACAUUCAUUUGCUAUAAUAAAAGACACUAGCUAGUCGCGAUUUUGAUAUAUAUUAGUGCAAAUAUAUUAAUAUAAUAUAUAUUAGUGCAAAUUUUAUUUAUUAAAUAUGUAGUAGUACAAUAUUUUUAUAAAUAUAUUGUGACAUUGUACCUGUUAAUCUGUUACCUUAUUACAGUAUUAUAAAGUAAAAUUAAUAAUACAGA